AUGGGAAGUCAGCGAGAAGAGAGGGCCCAAACCGAGGAUGCGAAACAUGAAGACGAGAUCCAAUACGGUACGGUGGGCAUGACACAGGAGGAAAUGGAAGAAAAAUAUCCGAACCGCCCAAAGAAUCACUCAAAGACCCUAGUCUUCUCUGAGCUGUUUCGAGAGUUGUUUAAUCCAUUAAGCGAAAACAAGAAGCAAAAUGCCACCGGCGCAGGCCCUAGAAAAGCCUUUAGAGGUGUCAAUAAGCUCUCACCGCACGAGCAGCGACGACACAUUAUCGAGCGCUUCAUUGUGCGAUGGCGCAAAGAAGUCGGUCCCGAUUUCUACCCUGCCCUACGUCUAAUUCUCCCUGAUAAGGAUCGCGACCGAGGUGUUUACGGCCUCAAGGAGAAUGCCAUAGGAAAGCUCCUUGUGAAGUUGAUGAAGAUCGACAAGAGCUCUGAGGAUGGCUACAAUCUUUUGCACUGGAAGUUGCCUGGUCAAACCACUGCCUCUCGCCUGGCUGGUGACUUUGCUGGACGAUGUUUCGAGGUCAUUUCGAAGCGCCCGAUGCGCACAACCGUCGGCAACAUGACAAUCGCCGAGGUGAACGAGCAGCUGGAUAAGCUUGCUGCGUCUACGGGAGAGGCAGAGAACCUGCGUGUCUUUGAGAUUUUCUACAACCACAUGAACGCUGAAGAGUUGAUGUGGCUUAUCCGGAUCGUCUUGAAGCAGAUGAAGGUCGGUGCCACGGAAAAGACCUUUUUGGAUCUCUGGCAUCCGGACGGCGAUGCCCUUUUCGGCGUCUCUUCGAGUUUAAGGCGAGUGUGCUGGGAACUCUCCGACCCCGAGAUUCGGCUCGAGCAGGAUGAGGCGGGUGUUGCCCUCAUGCAAUGCUUCCAACCGCAACUUGCUCAGUUCCAGAUGCCUGCGUCUUUUCAGAAGAUGAUUCAGCUUCUCCGGCCAACAGAGGAAGAUCCCGAAUUCUGGAUUGAGGAAAAGCUGGAUGGCGAGCGCAUGCAAAUGCACAUGGUUGAGGACAAAAAGCACCCCGGCGGUCGGAGGUUUUGCUUCUGGUCAAGAAAGGCCAAAGACUACACGUACCUUUACGGCGACGGACUUCAAGACGAGAACUCGAGUUUGACACGGCAUCUCAAGAAGGCGUUCGCAUCAGGUGUCAAGAAUCUGAUUCUGGACGGCGAGAUGAUUACCUGGGAUAUGGGAGUUGACAAGAUAGUCCCUUUCGGCACUCUCAAGACGGCUGCUAUCUCAGAGCAGCAGAACAAGUCGGAUACGGACUCGGCUGGUCAUCGUCCCCUAUUCAGGGUCUUUGAUAUCCUCUACCUCAACAACAAGCCCUUGACUCAGUACACGCUGCGAGAUCGACAUCGCGCUCUCGAAAAGGCCGUCAAAUCUGUUCAUCGACGUCUUGAAAUCCACAAAUACACCAGCGCAACAACUUCUGACGCUAUUGAGCCACUCCUCCGCGAAGUCGUGGCCAACGCUUCAGAGGGCCUUGUGCUCAAGAACCCUCGCUCCAUGUACCGUCUCAACCACCGAAACGAUGACUGGCUCAAGGUCAAACCUGAAUACAUGUCUGAAUUCGGCGAGUCCCUCGACUGUGUCAUUAUCGGUGGCUACUACGGCUCAGGGAAGCGCGGUGGAAUGCUUUCGAGUUACCUGUGCGGUCUACGAGUGACACAAAAUCAUAUCCAAGCUGGCGCAAAUCCUGAAAAGUGCUUCAGUUUCUUCAAGGUUGGAGGUGGAUUCCGCGCCGAGGACUACGCAGAAAUUCGACAUCGAACAGAAGGAAAGUGGAUUGAGUGGGAUCAAAAGAACCCGCCCUCAGAAUACAUUGAGCUUGGUGGAGGUGAGCUCAGACAGUAUGAGCGGCCAGACAUGUGGAUUCGUCCCAAAGACUCAGUCGUUGUUUCAGUGAAAGCAGCGAGCGUUGGCCCCUCAGACCAGUUUGCUCGUGGAUUCACUCUGCGCUUCCCACGAUUCAGGCGUCUCCGUUUGGAUCGAACAUGGGACACUGCCCUCUCCCUAGAGGAGUUUCAGGAGCUGAAAGACCGAGUUGACGAAGAGUCAAAAGAAAAGGCCAUGACGGUUGAAGACAGAAAGAGACGGAAUCCUAAACGAAUCAAGAGGGAGCUUGUUAUAGCUGGAGAGGAUUCAGCGCCGGUCGAGUUUGAAGGCGAGAAGACGAAGCUCUUUGAAGGGUUGGAGUUUUGCGUCCUUUCUGAAGCUCUGAAGCCCUAUAAGAAGACAAAAACUCAACUCGAGACCAUCAUCAAAGAACAUGGAGGCACAAUUUCCCAAAGAGCGGCACCAGGUACAAACAUGCUGCUUAUUGCCGACAAGAAGGUGGUUAAGGUGGCGAGUCUCAUGAAGGGAGGAGACGUGGACCUUAUUCGUCCCAAAUGGAUCAAAGAUUGCCUGGAGCAGGAUUUGGGACAAUUCCUGCUGCCGUUUGAGGAGUCACAUUUGUUUCACGCUACGGAAGCGAUGAAGCGGGCGGCAGAGCAAAACACGGAUCAGUUUGGAGACAGCUACGCUCGAGAUAUGUCUAUUGAUGAGCUCAAGGAUCUGAUGGACUGUAUGCCCAAGAUCGAGGACGAGGAGCCAUUCGACAAGAAUGAGUUUUUACAGCAGCUUGAAGAACACGGCAAAGACCUGGGCAACUUGAGGAGCUUCAUUUUCCGGCGCUGCGUGGUGUUGUUCCAUGGGGUUGACAUUGGUGCCAAUCGGGUCUCUCGGUUGAAGCACUUUGUCAAGUAUGGUGGAGGAAGUGUCACCGAGGACGCAGGCGACUUAACUGUGACACAUGUCGUGAUAGAAGGAGGAGAUCCAAUGCAAGUGGGUGAGGCGGCCGAUAUGGUGCGCAAGGAGCUGAGCUCCAGACGCACACAACCGAGGGUGGUGAAUGGAAAAUGGAUUGACGAUUGCUGGAAGGAGGGCACAUUGCUUGAUGAGGAGCAGUUUGUGGUUCCAUGA